AUGUUAAUUGACUGCAUACUGAUUUGCAUCAUUAAGACAAUUUAAAAGCAAAAUUUUAUUGAAUUUAUUUAUAUGAAUUUAACAUAAUUAGAGUCCAUCUUUCAAUCAUUUAACACUUAAAAAACGUUUCCAACUUAAUGGACAAUAGAUCAAAUACGCAAUUUUUGUGAUCAUUACAAACUAGAAUGGGCCAAAGAUAUUUUAAGAGUAUUAGAUUGAAGCUUAUGAUUUUUAGAUUCAUAAUAAUAAACAAUUAAAUGUCGAUCAUUUACUUUUAAAUAAUGUACUUGGUGCUAAAUAGAGAAGAAAUCAUGAUAAAGUCUAAGAUAAAAUAUCCAUUUUAGAGGCAUAAGGAUUGCAGAAUGAAGUUAUAAGAGAAGUUUGUUUGGCGAAUUAAUUCUUUUAUCGAAAUUUUAGCGAUAAAAACAUUCAAUAUCAAAUCAUUAAAUUAAAAAUAUGGUCUUUCAUCCUUAAUAUUUAUGAAGCCAAUCGUCAAUCACUUAAAAGAUUGUAAGGAUUGCAUAGAAGUAAAAUAUGUACAAGAGGAAAAUGUUGUCGAUGUUCUGGACCAGAAGGAAAAUGUACUUGUGAAUUGCUAUAAGAAAUUCUUCAGCAAGUCAAUUGCUAUAUUAAGUAAAUAUUUAUAGCAGACAAAUCAAUUGAACAUAGAAGAAAUAAUGACAUCUAUAUAAAAUCAAAUCUCAUCAAACUUUUAUUCACUAAUACAUAAUAUUUACCUAAAGAAUCUCCUCUUUUUUGGGAUGUUGAUUAGGUAAGUGUUCUAUUAAAGAUUGUUAAAUUGGAAUGUUUAGAUUAGCUUUUUAGAUAGAAUUUAAUUGAUGGAUUUGUGAUUUCAGUUUUGGGAAAAUGCCCAUUCACAGAAACUAGUCAAUUGCUCAAACUAUUUGAUUUCAAUUUAUAAAAUAAUACAAAGAUUCAAAAUGUUAGAUUGCAGACACAUUCUAAACUGACUUAACUAUAAAAAUAUACCUAUAUUCAAAACGUGUUUUUAAUGUUGUUUUAUUUAGCCAAUACAUUAAACCAAACUAUUUAUAAUUGCUUAGAAAUUGAUCAAUUUUAAACAGAGGGAUAAUAAAUUAGCCAUUUUGAUUAUUAUGAUUUAUUCUAUUUUAAAGCAAAAUGUCCAUAAAUCUGGAAGAAAUCUCCUGAUAAAAAAGCCCAAACCUCUGAUAACUUGGAAACUUUUAAAGUCUUCAAUUUAGAAGAUGGUCGACACGAAUCAAUUGCCAUAGAUGCUUUUAGAUCCAAUUCUGUCAAUCAUGUUAAACAAAAUGUUGAUCUUUAGAAAAUUCAAAAGGCUUCUUCUGGAAUUGAAAGUAGUGUACGCUAAAGAUAAGAUCUCAUAUAUUGCUAAAAAGAGUUGGAAUAGAAGGCCUAAAAUAUUUCAAUUGGCGAGGCCAAUACUACUGAAACUACCACUACUGAAGCUACUCCUUUAAUUGAUUCUUCCAAGAGUUCUGUUGAUAACUAGAAAAAUAUGUAAGAGUCUGUAUAUUUUCCAUAAAAUUAAGAAAUGCAAGAAAGUGUAUAUUUUUAAGUGCCCUAAUAAGAAUAAAUGCAAGAGUCUGUUUAUUUCCCAUAAUAAGAUGUUAAGCCUAUGUAAGAAUCGGUAAUUUUUCCAUAAAAUGAGCAGAGAUAAAUGCAAGAGUCAGUUUACUUCAUUCCUCCCUAAUAGUAAAUGAAAGAGUCAGUUUACUUUCCUUAAUAAGAAAAGCAAGAAAAAUAGUUGGAAGGAUCUGUCUAUUUUUAGAAUAAAAUGCAAGCUUCUGUGGCCUUUCCUCAAAAUUAAACUGAAUAAAUGCAAUAAUCAGUAAUAUUUUAAGAUCAAAAUAAAAAUGAUUUAGGAUAAUCAGAAAUGGUAGGCUAAUCAGUAAUGAUGGGAUAAUCUAUAUUUGUUAAUAACAAUAACAAUAUUAAUAAUAACAAUAUUAAUAAUAAUAAUAUUAAUCAUAAUAAUAAUAAUAAUAAUAAUAAUAAUAAUAAUAGUAAUAAUAAUCAUAAUAGUAAUAAUAAUAAUAAAGUUUAAGACCCUUUCAACAAAUCUAUAAAUAUUGAACACAUAAUUAAUGAAGUGUAAUAAGAUAAGAAAGUAUAGGAAUUUAACUAGAAGUCAAAAGUCAUUUUUUCAUAAAAAAGUGAUACAAAGAAGGAAGAAAUGUAAAAUAGAACACCCACAAGAUAGAAAAGAAUAAGAUUAAUUACAUCCAUUGAAUAAAACACUUUGUAGAGCGUUAUAAUGAAUCCAUUUAUUCUAAAUGUGAGUCAUCAAAUGAAGAUAAAAUCUGAACAAUUUCAUAAAGUAAAAUUGAAAAUGAAAUAUAUUAGAUAUUAUUAAUAAAUUUGAUAGGAGCAACAUUCGGUAGAAGUCAGGAUAAUCAAUACGUUUUAUAAGAUCAAUCCAAGAUCUCCUCGAAACAUGCAAGGAUCAUAGUUGUAAAUGGUAUUUUUAUGAAAUAGAAAAGAUAGGUUUCAUUUAUAGGAUUUAGGAUCUAAGAGAGGGACUUUUGUAAAUGCCAAUAAAAUGAGAAUUAAAAAAGCUAUGGUCUUUUAUAUUGGAGACAAACAAGCUUUUCAAAUUUUAGAAGUGAAUGAAAAAGAGGGAAUCCUAGUACUUGCAUUUGAUAAGGAGUUAAUUGACACAAAAUAAAUUAACCUUAAAAUUGGUGAAACUUGGUGUGUAGGUAGAGAUUUGAAGAGAACUAAUUACUAAUUCAUAGGAUAUCCUAUUCAUCAAUCCUUAUCCCAAAUUCAUUGCAUAAUUUCUUAUGUGUAGAAGGAUGGAGUGCCAAAAUUCAUUAUAGAUGAUUAAAAUUCAAAAAAUGGAACUUGGCUAAGAUUGAGUGACAAGAAACUAUUAAGUGAACCUUAGUUAUUGCUGAGGAAUAGCAAAUUUAACUUGGCUUUUGAGAUAUAAUAUGAAGUGAUUGAUGUUUAUUAUUAAAAUAAUUAAUGA